AUGCUGGAAUCUGACGACGAAGACGAUGCGGGGGUCGGAGAGCAGGGGUUGGGGGAGGUUUCGGUUACGCCGCAUGUAACGCCUCCGACGGCCGAGCAGACGCGUCCCAGCAAGUCCCGCCGCAGCAUGAAGGUCAUAGCUGCAGACGAGGACGACGACGAAGACGGUGAUGACAACGGCAGCGGCGGUGGAGGGUUGUUUGGAGGAUCAGACGCAGGGGGGGAGAGCGCCGGGGGCGGCGACGAGCAGGAGGACGAUGAGGCAGAGCGGAAGCGCCGCCGGCAGCUGGCGGAGAGAUGGUCCAAGCUCGAGGAAGAUUCGGACCACGACUUGAGCGACGGUGACGGUGAUGACGCGAGCGGUGCUAAACGCUCCUCGCUGGUGCAGCUGCAGUUCCACGAAACCUGGGGUCGAGGCUCUCGUUCGAGGACCGCAAGCAGGCGAUUGGUCAAGGAGCCCCCGCCGUCAGGAGACGAGGUCGGAGACUCUUCGGACUCAGACGACGGCCUGGGUGGUUUUAUCGUCGACUCCGAGGACGAACAAGACGUUGGCGGCGGCGGCGGCGGCGGCGGCGGCGGCGGCGGCGGCGGCGGCAGCGGCUCAACGAAGAAAAUAAAGGGGAAACAGAAAAGCGCUGCAGCGCUGGUGGUGGCGGCGACGUCUGCCAAUGGCGGCGGCAGCAGCCGCAACACCCGGAAGUCGGGGAGACGAAAGUCGGGGGCAAACGCCUCCGAAAUCGACGACGACGAAGACGAUGCCGAAGCUGCUUCGCGUGCUGAUGGCCACGCAGCGGCUUCUGCGAGCAAGAAGAGACGAAACAGGGGCAAGUCUCAGCCGGAGGAAGACGAGGAGGGCGAUGGGAGGCCCGCCGGACGCAAGAGGGCGAGACGAAGCAAAGCUUCUGCGAGAGCAGAGGCUGCAGCGGCGGCAGAUGGAGAUGGCGAGGAAGAGGAGAGUGACAAGCCCGUCCGGCGGUCUUCAAGGUUGCAGAAGGGCAAGGGGGUUGCCGACAAGGACCCGGGCAGCGGCAAGCGUAGAAAAACGUCGGCAGUCGGGUCGGAACCGGAAUCGGCCGGCCCUUCUUCCUCGGACGAUAAUGAUGAUGAUGACGACAGUGACGAGGAGUUCAGCAUGCAGCCCGCUGGGUCCAAGAAGAGGGGCAAGGGUACAAGAAAAGACGGGGGGACGAGGGGCAGGAGCGGUGAGGAGGUCGUCGACGUCGAAGAAGCGAGUCCUGCCCGGGUGGGUACACGAGGCGCCGGCUCGAAAACCAAGAGCAAGGGCAAGGGCAAGGGCAAGGGGAAGGGCAAGGGGAAGAGCGGUGGCGGUGGCAGCCCGAUCGUCCUUUCCUCGCAGGAGGAAGAGGAGGUGCCGGUAAAAGCGGUCGGCAAGGGUAAGAAGAAGGCCAAAGAGAAAGUCGGGCGAGGGAAAGACAAGAAGGUCGGGGGCAAGAGCGGCGGCAAGGGCAUCAAGGAAGAAGCGCCGGCGGCCGCGACCGGAAGAGCCACACGAACCAGGAGGCGGAGCUCCAUGGUCAACUACCGCGAGAUGCUGCAUGGCAAGGGGACCAGCUCCUCGGAAGAAGAAGACGGCAACGGCGGCGGUGGCGGCGGAGAGGACGAUAGCGGGUGGGACAACGACGACGAAGAUGAGAGCGACGGAGAGUUGGACGGCAAGAAGUCCGGGGAUAAAUGCGCGAGGGAUGAAGACAUUGACGAGGACGACAGCUUCGCCGUAACGUUAAAAGACGACGAGGAAGAGGAGGAGGAAGAGGAGGAGGAGAUCGAAACGGUUGGUUCGAAGGGAUCGGCAGGAUGUGCCAAGCGGUCCAGGUCGGAGAAGAACGAGGGCGGGAGCGGGAGCAAGCGCAAGGGACGCAAGAGGAACCACCGAUACAACGAGCCUGACGAUGGCGAUGAAGACAAUUUCAUCGACGAUGACGACGACGACGAUGACGAUGAGGAAGACGGGGGCGACGCCUUUUUCUCGCACGCGGCCUUUUUCAACGAGAUGGAGCAGUCGGAGGAUGGAGGCAUUUCUUCGCUCUCGGUGGGGACGAUGACGUUCAAGGAGGCCUUCUUGUUCUACGUGGAAUACAUCGCCAAGGCUACUCAAGGAGACGGGGCCGGCGAAGCAUUCAUGAAAAAGUACGUCGCGCAGCCCCGGAUUCCCGAGCACGCCCGCUACGGGAAGGCGAAGGAGAUGGUCGAGAAAAAGCUGCGCAUCAGCGGCGAGAGCCUCUGCGGUUCUUGGCGGCAAGACUUCCGGGACACCAUCAUGCGGUACCCCCACUACGGCUACCACCACGUCGACGGCGACUUGUGCAGACUGACCGAUCGCUGCAGCGCGUGUAACCGCUCCAACCGGACUAGCGUUAUUGCCUUCCUCUCUGGCUCAGAGUAUGACCCGAACAGGGUGAGGUGCCUCAGACAAUAG